UUUAGUUUGGGGAGGGACGGAGGGACCGCUGGCAGGGCGGGAACGUCAGGGCAGCAGAGGCAGCCCCUCGGCCCAGGCAGCCUGGAACGCGGUGGGCAGCCUGUCCUGGCUGGGACGACGUGGGCCUCCCGAGGAAUGUUUCCAAGGUGGUGAACUGUGCUCAGGAAUUCAGGUGUGGGAGCAGAAGAUAAACAGGAGUGGGAGGGCCAGGGAAUGCCACAGUCUGAAAGCACACCUGUGAGCCCUGAAGAUGUCAGAGAUGCUUAAUCAAGGAGGUGCCCCUGGUUUCCAAAGAACAGGGCACACAGACAGGGCUUGAAGUCAGAGUGUGACCGUUGCUGAGAAGAGAGGUAAAACCAACAUGCUGCAGGUGCUACCAACAUUUUCAUCUGUUGCUAGCUGCUGAAGUGGCUGGAACUACAUGUCUGAUCCCUUUGCUGUAUGUGUCGAGGAAGAAAACAGACUCAUGGUGGAGGGAGGACCCAGGACAAUGGCUGCUGAUCAUGAUUUAGAGAUGGAGGAUAUGAAUCUGAAUAUGGAUAGAGACAUGAAAGGAGAGCUGGAAGAAGAGAAGGAAAUGAGAGAGGACGGUGGACGUGAAGAUCCCUUCAAGAGUAAAAAGGUCCAUAGGGUUGUCUCGAAAUGGAUGCUUCCUGAAAAGGUCCGAAGAACAUACUUGGAGAGAGCUAACUGCCUCCCACCCCCUGUGUUUAUCAUCUCCGUCAGCCUUGCCGAGCUGGCGGUGUUUAUUUACUAUGCCGUGUGGAAGCCUCAGAAACAGUGGAUCACCCUGGACACAGGCAUCUUGGAGAGUCCCUUUACCUACAAUCCCAAGAAGCGGGAGCAAGCCUGGAGGUUUGUCUCCUAUAUGCUGGUCCACGCUGGAGUUCAGCACAUCGUGGGGAAUCUCAUUAUGCAGCUUGCUUUGGGUAUUCCCUUGGAAAUGGUCCACAAAGGCCUCCGAGUAGGGCUGGUGUACCUGGCAGGAGUGAUUGCAGGGUCCCUUGCCAGUUCCAUUUUUGACCCACUCAAAUAUCUUGUGGGUGCUUCAGGAGGAGUCUAUGCUCUGAUGGGAGGCUAUUUUAUGAAUGUUCUGGUGAAUUUUCGAGAAAUGAUUCCUGCCUUUGGAAUUGUCAGACUACUGAUCAUCAUCCUUAUAAUUGGGUCGGAUAUGGGAUUUGCUCUCUACAGAAGGUUCUUUGUCCCUGCGGACGGGUCACCGGUGUCUUUUGCAGCCCAUGUUGCAGGUGGAUUCGCUGGAAUGUCCAUAGGUUACACUGUGUUUAGCUGCUUUGAUAAGGCUCUGCUGAAGGACCCAAGGUUCUGGAUAGCAAUUGCAGCUUAUUUAGCUUGUGUCUUAUUUGCCGUGUUUUUCAACAUUUUCCUAUCCUCAGCAAACUGAACUGCCUCAUGAUAUAUAAACCAAGGAAUGCAAAGAGCCAUCUGGAAAAAAACUGAAGUCUACGAAGAGAUCAAGAAGUCCUUGCAAAUGCUAACAAUUUGUUUUUAAAGAGGUCAGAACAUGAUGGAUGUCCUCAGUUGCAAAGACUGUUUACAAAAGGGUUUAGGGUUUAGGGAAGGAGCUUCUGAACGCAGAGGAGGGAAAAGGAAGAGAGAAAAGGGAAGGGAUAGAAGAAGCAGGGAUUGGCUCUUUCCAGACACAUGGUGUGCAUCAUAUGUAUCUAAGUGAGACUUGCUCUCCUUGGAGGGUAUGCUGUAGAGACUGCUUGACAGAAUUCACACAUACUGUACUGUGCUGAUAAUAAAAACUUUUCAUACCUGU